UUUCCCUCUUCUAGAAUACAAUUUAAAUCUUUCUGUUCACUGCUGUGAUUUUUCUCCUCGAGCUGUUGAGAUUUUGAAAGAGAAUGCUCUUUAUGACGAACAAAAAGUGAAUGCUUUUGUUUUGGAUUUAACCACCUCUCCUUCUCGCCUUACUAAUUUUAUUGCCGAAAGCUCGGUUGACGUAGUAACUAUGUUCUUUGUUUUGUCUGCAAUCCCCCCACUAGAAAUGAGAAAAGCUCUCCAACCAAUUUACCAAGUAUUAAAACCUGGUGGGACUGUAGUUUUUCGAGAUUAUGGAAUUUACGAUCAUGCCAUGCUAAGAUUUAAGCAGGGGCAUAAGUUGUCUGAUAAUUUAUAUGUGCGUCAGGACGGCACACUCGCCUACUACUUUUCUUUGGAAUUUCUUCAGGAACUGUUUAGCUCGCAAGGUUUCCAGGUGGUGAGCAAUGAAUACCUUUUCACUGAAACCAUCAACAGAAAGGAAAAAAUCAACGUUGAGCGGGUUUUUGUCCAAAGCCGCUUUCUUAAGAAAAAGGAGUAAAGGUAUAAAGGCAAGGUUUAUUUAAGAUCUGUGCCGUCCGCGCAGAGAAUCCGCAAAGAGUUUGUGUUGCCGAUACCGCCGCGCCAGCCUUGAAUGCAAAUUACUUGGUCCCCUUCCUGCGCCAACUUGAGAGUAUGGACCAAAGCAUGAUCGAAAAAUAAAAUACUUUUAAGUGA